AUGGCAGCAGAUUCGACCAGACCGAUUCGCAUAGCAGGUACAUCUUCGUGCCCAAUUCCAGAAAUAUCAUGCUGAUAAUGUCUAGGUGCUUCCGGCUCCGUAUCAGACCGCCGGCAUGCGCUCGCCACUUUUGCAGCGAACCAUCCCGACGACCCUGUGGAUGUGAUCAUCGGUGAUUGGAUGAGCGAGGCAAACAUGAGUACAUCAGCACCACACGCCCUCUCUCUCCCUUCAACUGAAUGGCUAUCACAGCUGCGAGAGGUAUCAUGAAGUCAGAAAGCUCGAAAGCAUCCCCGAACUCCACCGUCUCGACAUACGAUCUCGCACACACGUCUGUCAGCGAAGCCUACGAACCGACCUUCCUCGAAGCCCUCGAACCUGCCCUGCCCGACAUCGCCAAGCAUGGGAUCAAAGUAGCAGUGAAUGCCGGAGCAUCCGAUACGCAACGCCUCCACGCCGCCGUUACGAAGAUGUGCAAAGCCAAAAAUCUCGAUUUGAAAGUAGCCUGGGUCAGCGGAGAUGAAGUCUUCCCCGCCGUGCAGAAAGCAAGAGCAGAGAAGAGAAGCAAAUUCGAAAACCUCUCUACCGGCGAAGUAUUAGAUGACUGGAAGUUUGAACCGGUAUACGCACAAGCCUAUCUCGGAGGGCUCGGGAUAGCAGAAGCUUUUGCACGAGGAGCAGACAUCGUAGUCUGCGGCAGAGUAUCGGACGCCAGCCCUGUGAUAGGAGCCGCAUACUGGUGGCACGGCUGGAACAGGUCCCAAAUCCACGAACUCGCAAACGCAUUUGUAGCAGGCCACAUGAUCGAAUGCAGCAACUACGUCUGCGGCGGAAACUUCUCCGGCUUCAAAAGCCUCGAACAGAAAGGCUGGCACGAUAUCGGCUACCCUAUCGCAGAAAUCUCACGGUCCGGACAAGUUGUCAUUACGAAGGGUACAUGGGGUGGAGGAGAAGUAAGCACGCAGACCUGUUCUUCACAAUUACUCUACGAAAUCCAAGGACCUUGGUAUUUCAACUCCGACGUCACCGCCAUCCUAGACGAUCUCUGGUUCGAACAAAUUGGCCGAGACCGCGUAGCAUUGCGAGGCGUAAAAGGCGACCUGCCACCAUCAACCACCAAAAUCGGCCUCACCGCAAAAGGAGGCUAUCAAGCCGAGAUGCACUGGUUCCUGACAGGUCUCGACAUCGAACCCAAAGCCAGAAUGAUGGAAGCCCAAAUCCGCCAUGCCUUGAAACCCUACUCCCAGAAUUACACACGCUUCGAUUUCACUCUGAAUGGCGCCGCAGCUCCCGAUCCCCCAAACCAAAACGCAGCAACCGUAGACUUUCGAAUCCUCGUGCAAGCCCGAAAAGAAAAAGAACUUGCCACGAACAAAUUCCUCCGUCCCAUCAUCGACCUCAUAAUGUCCGGAUACCCCGGUGCGACGUUCCAUCUAGAUAGUCGACAAGGUUUCCCGAAACCCAUCUACGAAUACUAUGUGACUCUGCUCCCACAAGCAGAUGUGCAACAUCAAACUCAUCUCUGGGAUGGAGCGGAAAUAGAAAUCCCACCGCCUCCGGAGACGAAAAUGUAUCCUGCUCAACAACCCAGCGAGCCGUCCGCAAGGAAUGUGAAGAGUACAGAUUUUGGGCAGACGGUGAGAGGGCCCUUAGGUUGGAUCGUACACGCCCGCUCCGGAGAUAAAGGCUCCAACGCAAAUGUAGGAUUCUGGGUCCGUAAUCGGGAUGAAUGGGAAUGGCUACGUUCUCUCCUGUCCAUCGAUACCAUCCAGAAACUCCUCGGAGAAGAGUAUAAAGCAGGCAAGAAAAUCGUCAGUUCACGCGUCCCCCCCCUUUCUAAACGAAAAAGAGGUUGAAAACUCUUUACUAAUUCAUGUUCGGAAUGCAACUACAGGACCGCUGCGAAUUCCCCAACCUGCUCGCCGUGCAUUUCCUCCUCCACGACCAUCUGGAUCGCGGGGUGAGUUGUUCGUCUUCCUAUGAUUUCUUGGGCAAGAAUGUGGCCGAGUAUCUGAGGGCGAGGUUUGUGGAUUUGCCGGUGAGGUUUCUGAAUCGCGGGAAAUUGUAG